AUGCUUCCCCCUCACUCCUCUUCCCCGACGGCCCACCCAUCUCGUUAUAAGCCACGCCAUCACUCGGAUCACUCGCAUUGUCGCAUCGAGUCUGCACGUCUACAUAGCACCAUGGCAGCCAUGCAGAGACUUGUGCUCCUUCUGUCCGUGGCGAUCGCGGCGUCGGCGCAGGGCCCGGCGGUGGCGCCCGCGGCGCCGACGACGCCCACGACCCCGGCGGCGCCCGCUCCUGCCGCCGGCACGACGAACAUCACGGGGGUGCUGGCCAAGGCCGGGCAGUUCAACACCUUCAUCCGGCUGCUCAAGUCGACGGGCGUGGCGGCGCAGAUCGACAACCAGCUCAACAACAGCUUCGGCAGCGGCAUGACGGUGUUCGCGCCCACCGACAACGCCUUCACCUCGCUCGCCUCCGGCACGCUCAACUCGCUCUCCGACAGCCAGAAGAACGCGCUCAUCCAGUACCACGUCCUCUCCACCGCCAUCCCCAUGUCGCAGUUCGACACCGUCAGCAACCCGCUCCGCACGCAGGCCGGCAGCACCUCCCCGGGCCAGUACCCGCUCAACGUCACCGCCGAGGGCCAGCAGGUCAACAUCACCACCGGGGUCGUCAACGCCACCGUCGACAACACGCUCUACACCGGCGACCAGCUCGUCGUCUACCAGGUCAACAAGGUGCUCCUGCCCAUGGCCAUCGCCGGCACGCCCGCGCCCGCGCCCGCGCCGCUCGCGCCCACCAAGACCAAGGGGAAGACGCCCACCUCGACGGUCGCCGACGCGCCCGAGGCCGAAGCGUCGACGGACACGUCCCUCGCGGCGCCCGCGCGGAUCGUCACAGGGGGUGGUGUCGCGGUGGUUCACGUGCUUGGCCUCCUAGCCUGCGUCUGGUGGGGGCUGCUGUGA